AUGAAGGCCUCAAGCGCGGAAAUCUCCCACUUGGACAACCUGGACUCCAGCCUUCCGAUUGAACUUCACCCAGACAAUGCCAUCUCAAGAUCCUCGAACUUGGUCACCGGGAAGAAGAAUGCCCAGAUUCUGAUGGUCGCGUUUCAUUCUAUGAUGUGCACUUUCAUGGCCGCAGGAAUAAUCCCCGCUUACGGCACACUGGCCAAAGCUUACAACAUCACAGUUCCAGAAGCUAGUUACUUGACAUCUUUCCAGAUUCUGCUCCUUGGUCUAUCCCCUUUGAUCUGGAAUCCCAUCACUGCAGUUUACGGACGAUAUAAUGUCAGCUUAUUCUCUGUUCUGGGUAGUAUGGUGUGCAAUAUCGGCGGUGCACUUUGUACGUCAUAUGGCGCGCAAAUGACUACACGUGUUCUCACGGCUUUCUUGAUAUCGCCCCCAAUUGGAAUGGGCAGUGGAGUGAUUACGGAUUUAUGCGACUCUGAACAAAUUGCCCAGAAGUUGGGGUGGUGGACCCUCAUGACCACGAUUGGAACGCCGAUAGGCCCUUUUAUCAUGGGCUUUGUGACACAGCAUAUUGGUGUUCAGUGGAUUUUCUGGAUCUUCGCCAUCAUCAAUUUCUGUCAGUUCCUAUUUUAUCUAGUGUUCGGGGAUGAAACUAUCUACAAUGCUGCCAACGAGCGGCAGAACAACGGGUUUUUUGCAAAGAUGAUUCCCCGCCAGAUCAGCUCACGCUCGCUACAUCUCUACGAUUUUGUGGCUCCACUCUCCUUGGCCCAAUAUCCUCGCGUCUUGAUAGCAGCGUGUGCCCAUGCUAUUACGUUCUGCUAUGGGAACAUUGCUCUGAUUGUGGAGAUGCCUAUUGCCUUCGGAGAGAAAUUCGAUUUCAAUGCUCAGCAGAUUGGAUUGCAAUUCAUUGCCAUCAUGAUUGGUUGUGUCUUGGGCGAACAAGCGAGCGGCCCAAUGUCAGAUUGGUUUAUGCAACGUUUACGCAAGACCAGGAAGCAUUCUUGCCCAGCCGAUCGCUUGUGGCUCUCUUAUAUUGCAUUUUCUACUGUGAUCUCCGGCUUAUUGACUUGGGGAUUCCAGCUGCAGCAUGCUACAUCUUGGAAUGUCACCCCUUGCGUCGGGGCUGCUAUUGCUAGUUUUGGCAACCAGAUGCAGACCACAAUUUUUACCACAUUUGCUGUUGAAAGCAAACAGGAAAGAUCUGCCCAGGUUGGCGUUUUCGUGAAUAUCUGUCGACAAUUGUUUGGAUUUCUUGGACCAUUUUAUUUCCCACAAAUGUUUGCUGCAUUGGGGCUGGGUGGGGCUGCCGGGGUAAUGGUCGCCAUUAUCGGUGGAUGCGCUUUGGUUCCGAUCAUUGCCAUUCAAAUUACCGCCACUAAACUGGACAAAGUCGGCACGGAGUGA